AUGUCUUGCUGCUGUGCUCCCCGCUGCUGCUGCAGUAUCCCCACCGGCCCCGCCACCACCAUCUGCUCUUCUGACAAGUGCUGCCGCUGUGGAGUCUGCCUGCCCAGCACCUGCCCACACACCACCUGGCUGCUGGGACCCACCUGCUGUGACAACACCGCCCCACCCUGCCACAUGCCCCAGCCCUGUGUGCCCACCUACUUCCUGCUCAACUCCAACCAGCCCACCCCAGGCAUGGAGACCCUCAACCUCACCACCUAUGUCCAGCCCUGUGGUGGUGACCCCUGCACUCCCAGAUGCUGCUGCUGA